CCUGGCUGCAGGGCGGGGGUGCUGGCUGCAGGCCGGGGAGUUCAGUCCACACCUUACAGUAGACUCUGAAUGGUGGUUUUGCUACUUCUACUAAAGUUUCAAACAUCAUGUCGGAGGAAACGGGAAGCUUUAGUCUCUUUUCCCUCCGCACUCUGAGCUCCACCUGUGGACUUCCACGGACUAAGGUGUGUGACGUCAGCGCGCAGGACGUGUGACGGAGGGUGGGGUGUUAAAGGGGGGGAUCGGGAUUCCUGAGGAUUACCCGUCAUGCCCCGCGGGUAAAGAUGGCGACAGCUGAGCAGGGCAGCAGAUCAACUUUAUCCGAGCGGCUCUGAGUGGAUUUUCUUCCGACGGACGGAGCGUCUCGGCCGGCUGCUUCUCUUCCCGCCGCUCGCUGCUGCUGCCUCCCCGCUCGGAUCUCCUCCUCAGCCGGACUUCAGCGCUCCUCCCCGGCCUCGGAUCGGUUCGGAGCCCCCCUCCCUCCCUGCUCGCCCCGCCGGAGGAGCAGACCGGAGCUCCGGCUAAAGUUUCCUCUCCUCUCCGCUCUCUGGGAUUUGUUUGCGGAGAGAAGCCGCGCCGCCCGGCCGCACAGGUUAUCGGAGGCCCGAGGCUCGCGUUCCCGGAGGAAGAGGAGGAACUGGACUGAGUGUGUGAGGACGAACGCAGCAGAGAGGAUGAAGAGUACUCUGUGCUGACGUACGAGGACUGACAGACCGACAGGAAGUGAGGAACUAAGGAAGGAAGUAGGGCCCAGGAUGACGAGCGCGGCCCCGGCCAGGAAGCCGUACCGUAAGGCUCCGCCGCAGCACCGUGAGACGCGGCACGCCCUGCCUGUUGCUCCGCCCCCGCCUGCGCCGCAGCACGACAUCAGUCAGGAGGCUUUAUCAGACUCUGACAGGAUCAGAAUCCUCCAGCAGCAGAAUGAGGACCUGCAGCGCCGCCUCUCUCUCUCCACUCACAAGAUGGAGGCCAUGGAGGCGGAGUUUGACGGCAGCCGUCACUACAUGGAGGCGGAGCUCAGCCGGACCAGAGACGACCUGGACAAGAUGAGGGACAAGUUCCGUAGACUGCAGAACAGCUACACGGCGUCUCAGAGAGCCAAUCAGGAUCUGGAGGAGAAGCUUCACGCUCUGCUACGGAAGGUGGAGAGGGACAAAAAGACGAUGGACCAGGAGAUCGUGGAGCUCACCAACAAACUGCUGGACGCCAAGAACACCAUCGACCGCCUGGAGGAGCUGAACGAGCGCUACAGGCAGGACUGUAACCUGGCCGUCCAGCUGCUCAAGUGCAACAAGUCGCAUUUCAGGAACCACAAGUUUGCUGACCUGCCUUACGAGCUUCAGGACAUGCUGAAUAAACACAUGAAGAGCAGCCUGCCGGAGCGAGGCCCCGCCCCCGGCUCUCAGGACCCGGACACGCUCAGUUUGACUCCCGCCGACGUUGUGCCGACCUCCGUCAUCGCCCGCGUUCUGGAGAAACCCGAGCCCCUGGUCCUUAACUCCGCCCAGUCCAGCAGCUGCGGCCGGCCCGUCGCAGAGGACGUCUUCGUGCACGUGGACAUGACGGGCCCCGCGGGGGCCGAGGGCCGAGGCCGGGAGAACGGCGGUGGUCAGGAGGCGGCGCAGCAGAACGGUUCCUGUCGCAGUCAGAGCAGUCUGGACGGGCAGUCGGGCGGCGAGGAGGCAGGAGGGGCUCCGUCCUUUGAGAAGCUGAACCCGUACCCGGCGCCGCCACCCCCCCACCCCCUCUACCCCGGCCGCAAGGUCAUCGAGUUCUCGUCAGACGACAAAGUGAAGAUCCCCAAAAACUCGCCGCUGCCGAACUGCACCUACGCCACGCGGCAGGCCAUCUCUCUGAGCCUCGUCCAGAACGACGACGAGCGUCUGGCCCCCGGCAGCCCCGCCCCCUCCUCCUCCUCCGGCGGGGGGGUCAUCCAUCGCACGCCGCCGUCACAGCGGGACGUCGCCAGCGAGCCGCUGUCCAGCCAGUCCAGCCCCUUCAGCAGCCCGCCACAGGCUCCCAGCGUCCUGGCGAGCUCCGGCAGCUCGGAGGAGGACCUGCUGGCCAGCUGGCAGCGGAUGUUUGUGGAGAAGAUGGCGCCGUCCUGCGACAGCUCUGUGGUCCACCGCACGUCGUUCAGCAGUCAGACGGCUCAGGAGCUGCAGAGGAGGAGGCCGGCGCCGGGGGGCGGGGCUUCGUCCUGCUCCGACCGCCACAGAGCGGCUUACUCGGACGGCGAGGAGGGCUCGUCGGCACGGAGCUGGACGCCGAGCCGCGGGUCCAGCCUCGACACCGACACCGAUACCGAGCCGCGGCCCGGCAGGAGGGGGCGCUACAGCGGCGGCGACGGCGGCUCCACGGAGGAGGGCGAGAGGCUGCUGAUGAGCCUGGAGGAUGACGGCGGCAGUGGGGACACCGCGGUCACCGUGGCGACCAGCCCCGCCGACAGCCGCAGGAAGGAAUUAGCGGAGGAGGAGGAGGAGGAGGAGGCGAGCUCAGCCGAGGAGAGAGACGUCCUCCCCCACGACAUACCCGCCAUCUCGCCCCGCCUCCUGGACUUCGACCCCGCCCUCGCAGCCGCCGCCCUCGCAGCCGCCGCCCCGCAGCGGCCGCAGAGGAGCCCGAAGAGGAUGGGCGUGCACCACCUGCACCGCAAAGACAGCCUGACCCGAGCCCAGGAGCAAGGCACGCUGCUGGACUGACGCUCUCCACGGCCUGAGCACACCUCGCCGCCCACACUGUGCUCCCUCCGCUGCUGUCUGUCUCCAUGGCAACUGACCUGUCUGUCACAGAGGUCACGCCCAUCCAGGAUAUAGCCAUACUCUACCGUAUGCUGCCGAGCUCGCCGCCUGACCUGUGUGUGUGUGUGUGUGUGUGUGUCAGACCGAUCAGUUGUGAUAUUGAUCAGCUGAUGAUCGACUUCAGUAUCGGUGAUCAGCUAGUUCAGAGAAUCAGCUGUUCACGUUUGUGUUGUUGAGCUUCACACAAACGAAUAAUUACGAGUAAACAGUAUUUAACAUUAACGAGUAUUCGAAAACAUUUGUCAUAUUUUUGUUGCUUAUUCUUCAAAAUUAAUCAAAAUUCACUUUAAAAUACAACAUGCGAUGUGGCCAAAAGUAUGUGGACAGCCCCGCCCACAGACUCUACUGUAUGUAGUGGUUUCUGCCUACAAAGUGUAAAGAAAUCUAGUUCUGCUUUCAGAAACCUAAGUAAGAUUAAAGGGUAUUCCACAUUUCAGCCACAAAGUCGGGAGAUCAGAUUUACAGCAUCACUGUGUUUUAAAUACUCAGAAGAUUGUACAGAGUUUGGUUGGUGGUGGUGACUGAACUGGUGUCCACAUACUUUUGGCCAUAUAGUGUUUGACUGGGUGUCUACAUACCAGUACAAAUUACAUGGUCAAAAGUAUGUGGACAGCUGAUUAAACUACAAUACAGUAGUUAUUGGAAUAAUUCUGAGUAAACAGUUUUAGAAUCAAUAUUAGAAACCAUAUCGGUCUGUGUGUGUGUGUGUGUGUGUGUGUGUGCACAUGUGUGUGUGCACAUGUGUGUGUGUGUGUGUGUGUGUGUGUGUGUGUGUGUGUGUGUGUGUGUCGUGUCGGGUUGUUUGUCAGAGCAGAAAAAAAAAAAAAAAGAGUAGAAACUAAAACGAACAACUUUACGGACGUCUUUGCCUUGUUUCCUGACCGGGAGCUUUUAUUUUGAAGAGAACAGAUGAGACACACCUGGAUAAACACACACACACACACACUCAGUGCCUAUCACCCCCACUGUCCCCUGUUGUUGCGAGUACGACGCCGCCUGCUGAAGGUCAGACUUUUAUUUUUUCGUCUUCACUAAUCAUUGAUUUCCUGUCGUGGCGUGUUAUUAUUUAGUCACCUGAUUGGUUUGUCGGGGCGUCACGGACCGUCUGAGGUUUAACCUCUGACCCUGACUGACCUCUGACCCCCCACCCCCCCAACACUCUGACUGUACCUGCAGGGGGCGGGCCGGGGGCGGAGCUUCUCCCACCUGGAAUGUAACCAUGGAGUUGUUUUUUGUUUUGGAGUAUAAAUCCGUUAUUAAGAGAUUCUUGUUUUCUGUUUGGAUUUGAUUUGUUGUUGAUUUAUUUGUUUUGUUGAUUUUGGGUCAGUUUGGUUUUUCAUGUUCGCGGUUCUACUGAAGCCUGUUAGUGCCAGAAACUGGCUGAGGAUCAAUACUCAGCCUUAACUAGGAACACAAGCAGAUAAAAAAGUGAAAGUAACUGCACUGUAAGUCAAAACGAUGCUUCGGAACCUCAGAGACGCCGUUCACGCUCGGCCUGUUGGCUGAUCGGUUAUCGAUAAAUAUCAAAAAGCGUAAAUGCAACCAAGAAAUGUUAAAAAGGUGUAAACGCAUCUCCGAGAUUCGUACGGAACGGUUCCUCGUCCCAGCUGUGACGGCGUCAGCGAGCGCUGCUAUCGGGACUGCCGUGAGACGUUCCGGCUAAUUCGAGGCUUUUAUUGUGAAGUCACCGCAGGAAAUGCGUUGUAUUCGUCACUGAAGUAACCGUCGUCUCAUUGAAGCGACAGAAAUAAAGGUGUGUAAAAGACGUGAGACACGUCAGGUGUCGUGGGGUUCUGACUGAUCGGCUCGUUAGAAAUUAAUAAUUAAUUAAUAAUUGUUUACCUGUUUCUGUUUCUGGCACCGCCGAGCUUCCGUACUUGAACUGUAACGCGUCGCUGAUUGAAUGUUGGCUCGCUGCCUUCCUCACAGCUCUCUGAUUGUGACUCACCGAGGACUAACGAUCACUGAUCGAUCCUCUGAUCGAUCCUCUGAUCGAUCGACUGCAGGUUUUCACAGUUUGACGUAAUGAAAGUCAUUUGAUUUGAAACCUGGACUCUGAAGUCUUCUGUCUUCUGUCCUCAGCAGCGUUUCAGCCUCCGUGUUUUCACAGGAAGCGAUCAAGUAUUGAUCAGCACUGAACUGUCUGUUGAUUUAAAAGUGUUGAAAAGUGUUUGAACUCUUUAUUAAAGAUUCAGUCUGUGAUCGGUGUGUCGUGGCCUGAAGACCAAACUGA